AUGUUCCAAUGUCCAGAAUGCCAAAGGACCUUCAAGGUGAGAAAAAGUUUGUUGAGACACUGUAGAGAGUGGUGCAGCCAGGAUGGGGAGCCCGCAUCCAAGCGUCCAUGUAAUACAACUGCUUCACGCAGCACUGCAGACAAGUGGGAAUGUCCUCGAUGCCAGCAAAAAUUCUCGGCACGAAAAGGUUUACUGCGACAUGGUAGAGAGGUCUGCGAGAAGAGUCCACCCGAACAACAACGUGUAGAAGCUAGCAUCACCCAGACCACCACAGGACUCAAUACCAGACGACUGGAUCCUUCAACAGCCAACGUUGCAGUACCGGGACCGAGUCAAAUGAGUCCAACCACCAGCAACGACUCACAGACGAGUGCGGAAAGCAGAACAAUUCGCUGUGAUAGUUGCAACUGUCAGGUACCGAGGAAUGCACAUGCAGCACAUCUGAAAAGCAUCAAACAUAAGGCACAUCUAUGA